AAAUUGCACAAAUCCCUUUGUACUGCAACCAAACCCCUACGCAGGCUGAUCGACUCUGAGCCAUUCUGGUGUGUAUAGAGUUAACCAGGUUACCAGGAUUCCUAGUUAACUUCUUUCACCAGGAAUGCAAUUCAUGUUUACCUAUAUAAGGAAACCUGUUAGGCUGACCUGAGUUUGGCGGACUUUUGCGCUGACUGAGAGGCGUGUAAGCACACACCCUGGAGAGGGGGAGUGAUUCCGAGCUGGACAGAGCAAGCUUCCUGAAAGCCCCAGCCAUUCAGCUGAUCCGAGGCAAAGAGCCGGCACUUGCCCCAGACCAGCCUGCUUGAAGGACCUACAGGUUUGUCUCUUCCAGAUCAGAAUUGAGGAACAAAAACCCCCGUCCUGGGAAAAAUGGGGAAGCUGAUAGCUGAUCAGCUUCCUUGGGUUUUGCUGAUGACACAAGAGAGCUUUGCCUGAAGAUGGAAACACUGGAGUCAGAACUGACCUGCCCUAUUUGUCUGGAGCUCUUUGAGGACCCUCUUCUACUGCCCUGCGCACACAGCCUCUGCUUCAACUGCGCCCACCGCAUCCUAGUAUCACACUGUGCCACCAACGAGUCCGUGGAGUCCAUCACCGCCUUCCAGUGCCCCACCUGCCGGCAUGUCAUCACCCUCAGCCAGCGAGGUCUAGACGGGCUCAAGCGCAACGUCACCCUACAGAACAUCAUCGACAGGUUCCAGAAAGCAUCAGUGAGCGGGCCCAACUCUCCCAGCGAGACCCGUCGGGAGCGGGCCUUUGACGCCAACACCAUGACCUCUGCCGAGAAGGUCCUCUGCCAGUUUUGUGACCAGGAUCCUGCCCAGGAUGCUGUGAAGACCUGUGUCACUUGCGAAGUAUCCUACUGUGACGAUUGCCUGAAAGCCACUCACCCGAAUAAGAAGCCCUUUACAGGCCAUCGUCUGAUUGAGCCAAUUCCGGACUCUCACAUCCGGGGGCUGAUGUGCUUGGAGCAUGAGGAUGAGAAGGUGAAUAUGUACUGUGUGACCGAUGACCAGUUAAUCUGUGCCUUGUGUAAACUGGUUGGGCGGCACCGCGAUCAUCAGGUGGCAGCUUUGAGUGAGCGCUAUGACAAAUUGAAGCAAAACUUAGAGAGUAACCUCACCAACCUUAUUAAGAGGAACACAGAACUGGAGACCCUUUUGGCUAAACUCAUCCAAACCUGUCAACAUGUUGAAGUCAAUGCAUCGCGUCAAGAAGCCAAAUUGACAGAAGAGUGUGAUCUUCUCAUUGAGAUCAUUCAGCAAAGACGACAAAUUAUUGGAACCAAGAUCAAAGAAGGGAAGGUGAUGAGGCUUCGCAAACUGGCUCAGCAGAUUGCAAACUGCAAACAGUGCAUUGAGCGGUCGGCAUCACUCAUCUCCCAAGCGGAACACUCUCUGAAGGAGAAUGAUCAUGCGCGUUUCCUACAGACUGCUAAGAAUAUCACCGAGAGAGUCUCCAUGGCAACUGCAUCCUCCCAGGUUCUAAUUCCUGAAAUCAACCUCAAUGACACAUUUGACACCUUUGCCUUAGAUUUUUCCCGAGAGAAGAAAUUGCUAGAAUGUCUGGAUUACCUUACAGCUCCCAACCCUCCCACAAUUAGAGAAGAGCUCUGCACAGCUUCGUAUGACACCAUCACUGUGCAUUGGACCUCCGAUGAUGAGUUCAGUGUGGUCUCCUACGAGCUCCAGUACACCAUAUUCACCGGACAAGCCAACGUCGUUAGUCUGUGUAAUUCGGCUGAUAGCUGGAUGAUAGUACCCAACAUCAAGCAGAAUCACUACACGGUGCACGGUCUGCAGAGCGGCACCAAGUACAUCUUCAUGGUCAAGGCCAUCAACCAGGCGGGCAGCCGCAGCAGUGAGCCUGGGAAGUUGAAGACAAACAGCCAACCAUUUAAACUGGAUCCCAAAUCUGCUCAUCGAAAACUGAAGGUGUCCCAUGAUAACUUGACAGUAGAACGUGAUGAGUCAUCAUCCAAGAAGAGUCACACACCUGAACGCUUCACCAGCCAGGGGAGCUAUGGAGUAGCUGGAAAUGUGUUUAUUGAUAGUGGCCGGCAUUAUUGGGAAGUGGUCAUAAGUGGAAGCACAUGGUAUGCCAUUGGUCUUGCUUAUAAAUCAGCCCCGAAGCAUGAAUGGAUUGGGAAGAACUCUGCUUCCUGGGCGCUCUGCCGCUGCAACAAUAACUGGGUGGUGAGACACAAUAGCAAGGAAAUCCCCAUUGAGCCUGCCCCCCACCUCCGGCGCGUGGGCAUCCUGCUGGACUAUGAUAACGGCUCUAUCGCCUUUUAUGAUGCUUUGAACUCCAUCCACCUCUACACCUUCGACGUCGCAUUUGCGCAGCCUGUUUGCCCCACCUUCACCGUGUGGAACAAGUGUCUGACGAUUAUCACUGGGCUUCCUAUCCCAGACCAUUUGGACUGCACAGAGCAGCUGCCGUGAGCGUCUGGCCACAUGGAGCUGCUUUCUGGGGAACAGUAAGGUUCAGGCCACUAUCUGGGGGACUGAGAAAGCACAGGCUUCAUGAGUGUAAUGAAAUCUCACCAAAAGUGUCCAGAAAUCGGCUCAGAUAGGGCUCAAAACAAGAGAUUCCUCUCCUUUUACUGUGUCUUGUAUUAAGUACGGGCUUUAAUAAUUUCUCUUAAUUUUUUUGUAUUUAGAGGAAAAUCUAUAGAUUAUUUAUAAGAGAAACAUAAUCAGGAUUACAACUUUUAGGAAUUACUUGGUUUUGCACAUUAAGAGGCCCAUAAGUUUAUCAGCUAUUUACAACCUUUAUUUCAUCACAAUCUAUGGGCUUGCAAAAAAACAAACAAACAAAAACUUUUGUAGUUUUGUAUGUUAUUCACCUUCUUACCUAAUAUCUCAUAAUGAUUCCAUGGUAGGUCUUCUCACCUCGAUGGUGCAUAACACGAUGUGUUUGAACCUAGUAGGGGAGGAAACAGGCUUUCUUACUCUGGUUUAAUUUGAAGUGUUUUAAUUGUGAUGUCGAAAAGUUGUAUCAGAUCAACUAAAAUGGAGAGCAAGACAGAGAAUGAAAAGAAUUGAUUUUGGACCUCGGACCUUGCCGUGGCUAAAUCUUUACCUUCUGAUAGCUGAUGGGAUAAUGUUGGAAAGAAAGGUUCUGAAUCCUUUGGCCACAUUUUGCCCUGCUUCUCUCAGGGUUAAGGGUUCUGGAAGAACAUUAAGAAUGAGAUUGCAAUUGAAAAUAGUCAUUUUGAAUCCUAUUGAUUAUUCAAAAAUUCAGGCUGAUUUGUCUUUUAUCAGAGGUAGGAUUCUGUUUUAUGGUAUAGAAUCUACUUUAUCCUUCCUUUUAAUAGUUCCUUUAGACCUGUGAAAUUUCUCGCUACAUUUAAUAGUUCUCCUAUUUCCCCCUCCCCCAUAUCAAUUUUCCUUUUGUCUCCGGGGCUGAGUAAAUAAACAUGUUCUGUCACAAAUAGCAGCACCACUUUGGAUUGAUUUUGCUCUCCAGGACAUCAGCACAUGGCCCUGAUCACCACUACCACAUCCAAACAUAAGUCACUGAAAAACACUUAAUAUUUAUGAGUUGGUAAUGACAAGGGACGUUGUAUAAAGUACUAUUUACUAGAUACAUGCCUCAAAAGUUAUUAUAAACAGACCUUUAUUAAACACAUCUUGAAAGAUGUAGAAGUCCCUCUAUAGUCUAGUAUAGUUUACAAUAGAGUUGUAAGACCAAAAAAAAAAAAAAAAAAAAAAAAAAAUUCAAACUCAUUAUUCAGGAACCUGCUUAUAAAAUGUCAGCUGGGAUUCUUUGCAUGCCAAUCUGAUGCGUUGGAAUGGUCCAUGAAUUAAGGCUUUCUUGAGCAGUUCUUGGACCAGAACUCCUCUGGCAUUGGUUCUAGUUUGAUGAAGGGCAUGACCUCUAUAAAUGGUUUCAAUUGCUAAAAUAUUUACCUGGGAUACUGGGUCAGCCAUUUUGACUGAGCAGACUAGUGGAUUUAGACAUUGUUUUUAGUUAUUUUGUUUUUAACCAAAUCAACCAACUGCCUCCCUGAAAUAAGUCAAUGAACUCAUUGUUUCAGCAUCACGUGGCCAAAGCUCAUGUGAUUGCAAAUCUGGAUUUCGAGGGAGGCCAAGCCAGCUUCCUGGGUCCGUCUAUCCUCUUCCCUAGCAGACACUCUCCUUUUUCUUAACAGAUAGAUUCUAUAUAUUUACUAUAUUAUUUAUACCCAGAUGAAUAUUUUGAUAGCUACCUAAGACAAUUUCACAUCUAAAAGAUGGACGCCUCAAUGGAAAAAAACAAUUAAUCUUUCUCUGGAAACCUUAUAGGUUUUUCUUUUUAUUACGAUAUAAAAGCAAUGUGUGUUUGCCUUCUCUGAAUAAACUGAAAGGGUUGUCUCAGUAAUUUUUACAUACAUUUUGGGUAACUGGAUAAUGGAUAUUUUAAUGCACUUUGUACACUAACAGGUUCUAAAUAAAAGGGUCUAAAACUCAGCUUCUGAGUUUUUAAAGUCAUGGUCUCCAGGUACCAAUAAAUGCUACAGUUUGCCUUAUGAUGUUAACAUAAAACACUUAGUAGAAGGACAAUAUUUCCAUGAAAAUAAUGUUUUUCAAUGUUAAGACGUUACUACUCAAAUUUUCACAGUAAGCCAUUUAGGGUAUGUUCUGGCUAUUUUUAUAAGGACAUGAGAGAUUAUGUCAUAAUUUUGUUGUGGAAGUCUCACUCUUGGCUAACUUAAAAGCAUUGUGGAUAGUAGCAGUUACUAGUUCCAGGUUGUCAUAUUUACAGGAAAAUAUGUAUAUGGUGAAAGGCCACCGUGUUUAAUUACUAGAAUGAUGUAGAAAAGAUUCCCGUGUGAAUUUUUUUUUGAAAGUCUAAAAAAUGUAUGCUGUAAAAAUUUGCUGCAGUGUAAUUUUGCAUUCUCUUUAAACUGAUUGAGGUCACAGUAUUUUAUUACUUGGGGGUCCUCACCACAGGAAACACUGCGAUACAGGGGCAAAAGAGAUGGCAGUGCCAAUUAAAUUAAUACAACAAAAUCAAUGCAGCACCAACCAAGACUGCCAGGUCUGGUGUCAUGGGUAUGCCCAGAGCCCAGGAGUUCAGAAGGGCCCUAAGCUUGAUUUAAUGCUCUGCUGUUGCUGUCUUGAAAUUCUUAACAAUUUUUGAACAAGGGGCCUGCAUUUUCACUUUGCACUGGGCCUUGCAAAUUACGUAGCGAGUGCUCAUAAAAGAACUCUGAAACGUGGUACCUCUCUUCCUGGUGGAUACAAAUAAAGAAAUCUGGAUCCAAAGUUGAAAGUUGCUGGCGAUAUCGUUCAAGUAGGACUCUAAAUAGUGGAUUAAGAUGAGGGUGGGCCUGGGUGAAGAUUCUUUCCAGCUUUAAAAGAAAGUGACUUCAAAAACUGACUGCAAAUAUUGAUGAUGGUUUCUGCUGGAGGAAAAGAAACAGCUUGAAUACAGACAGGCUUUUUUUAUUACGGUACUGAUAUAUUGACCUUAAACUUGCUGAGGAACUGAACUAACGUCCUCCAGUGACCGUGGAAUUCCAUCUCAGCUCCAGGAACAUGCAGAUACCUGCAAAGAGACACGCAUAUAUGCUGGCAUACAUGUGCAUUUGGUGUUGGGAAGUUGACCAUCUGGUCUACCUUAAUAAAAUGGUAAAAAGCACACCAAGACAAUGAUGGGGGCAGGAGGAUGUUUUUGAAAACAGCGCUUCUCAACCAGGGCUCGAUUUUGCCCCCCAGGAGACAUUUGGCAAUGCAGUGGCAACUUUUGGUUGUCACAGCCGGGGAAGGGAAGCUACCAGCAUCUAGUGCGUAGAGGUCAUGGACGCCGUUAAACAUCCUACAGUGCAAGUGCAGCCCCCGACCACAAAGAGUUGUCUUGCUCAUAUAUCAACAGUGCUGCAGCGUAGAAACUUGAUCGUUGGUUUUCUUUUAAUGCAAAACUCUCAUAAAAACCUUUCACUUUUCCUGUCAUUGAUUAUAUGCUUGAUACACCCAAAAAGAAAAGGGGAGGGGCACCAAUUCACCUACACUCCAGUGGCUCCAUCAUCUUUAAAAGUAUUUAUAAAAUAGUUACAAAAAUCUGAUAUCUGAAAAGCAAUCCAAGCCUGGGUAAAUGGGAAUCACUGAUAAGUAUCAUCAUCUGUAUCAGCUUGGCUUGGACAUGAAAAAUUGAUUCUCUUUAUGUCACUCCUUACACCUGGACAAAUUCAGUCCCCGGUACUUAAGUCACACUGCCAAGCCCUCGGCCCUGCCUAUUGUCUUGAUUGCUGUUGCUUUCUGGUUCAAAAUAAAAUCAUUUUUGUGGCACCAAGA